AUGCCGAAAUCCAUCGCCUUUUCCGAUGAUGACUUCAGUCGCGACAACGACGACGAUAACCGCUCUGACCACACUGCCCGACCUGAGUCCCACUCCCGCAGUCCCAAUCAAUCCAGACAUCAUUCCAGGCAUCCCACCAAUCAAUCCCUCUCCUCCAGCGAGAUCCGUACCAGAGUGCAGCAUGCAAUGGGCAUGACACCCACCGAGACCACCGGCCUGUUGAAGGCACCUCACGACCCAUCGGCGUCGUACAUGAGUGCAGGAUCUGGUGCAUAUACUCCUCGAUCAAGAGCAGAUCUUUCAAGAGUCCAAAGCGUGGCCAACAGCCUACGUUCGCACAGACACCACAGCCGCCGACCAAGCGGCAAUCCAAGUCCGGAAUGGAGGCGAAGCUCUGGCCUACGGACACCGAAGCUGCAUCAGCCCCUGGGACAAUCGAUAGAUCUGCACGAGCGGGUGUGGUACGAUCAGUUCACCUCUACCGAUUGGGUCCACGACAGCAUUCAAGACGGCUAUCGUGUUCUAGCUCUACGGCGAAGAGGGGGUUUCCGAGGAUCGCUCGCACUGUGGGCAGACUCUGCUCAAGGCUGGAUACUGGUGCUGCUGAUAGGGUGUUUGACUGCUCUGGCUGCCUAUUUUGUCGAUGUUACAGAAACUGCCAUCUUUGAUUUGAAGCGGGGUGUGUGCAAGACCGGUUGGUAUCAAGGUCGGGUGGCCUGCUGCAGGGGUGCCAGAGAGUGUGCAGCCUGGCAGACCUGGUCCGAGAUUGUCCAGCACUCAAGUAUCGACAGAAUCUGGGUCGACUUCGUCUUUUUCAAUGCUGGAGUCAUCCUGCUGGCUGGCAUUUCCUGCUACUUGACGCUCUACUCGAGAACGGUCGUGCCCUCGCACAUCGCUUCAACCUUUGAUGAAAACCUCGGGGCCGUCAAGAGCACCGGAGCAGACGAGACCAAGGAUGCUCAAGCCGCGGCCGCCCUGGAGAGCAUUCCUGCUAGCAUCUACUAUUCCGCUGCCGGAAGUGGUGUGGCUGAAGUCAAGGUCAUCCUCAGUGGUUUUGUGCUCCACGGCUACCUUGGUCUGAGAACCCUAACUCUCAAACUGAUUGCCCUGAUCUUUGCUGUCGCCAGUGGAAUGAGCUUAGGCAAGGAAGGUCCCUACGUGCAUGUCGCGACGUGCAUCGGAAACGUUGCCUGCAGAUUGUUUCCGAAAUACAGUCUCAACGAUGGCAAGCGUAGGGAGGUCCUUUCGGCAAGCGCAGCCAGUGGUGUCGCUGUUGCCUUUGGCUCUCCUCUUGGUGGAGUGCUCUUCAGUUUGGAAGAGGUGAGCUACUACUUCCCGCCCAAGACGCUGUUCCGUACCUUCUUCUGUUGUAUUGCAUCGGCAUUGUCGCUCAAGUUUCUCAACCCUUACGGGACCGGCAAGAUCGUUCUGUUUGAGGUGCCAUAUGUUUCUGAUUGGAGAAUCUUCGAACUGUUCUGUUUUGUAUUCUUGGGUGCUGCGGGUGGGGUCCUUGGAGCCUUGUUCAUCAAAGCAUCUCGCUUUUGGGCUAAGACCUUCCGACGCAUACGCAUUAUCAAGGAGUAUCCGAUGGUUGAAGUCCUCUUGGUUGCUUUGAUCACCGGUCUCAUCUCCUUCUGGAAUAGAUACACACGCCUACCUGUGGCAGAGCUGUUGUUCGAACUCGCGUCGCCUUGCGACACUACGUCUUCGACAGGCUUGUGUCCGGACAAGGAUGGUAUUCCAGCGGUUAUUGGAUACCUCUGUGUUGCUUUUGUCGUGAAAGCAUUCCUCACUAUCAUCACUUUUGGGAUCAAGGUUCCUGCUGGCAUCUACGUCCCGUCUAUGGUGGUCGGAGGUUUGAUGGGACGAAUCAUGGGCCAUGUGGUGCAGUACGUCGUCUUGCAUAAUCCUGGAUUCUUCCUCUGGUCCGAAUGUCCAGCAGAUGGCGAGCUGGAGUCGUGCAUAACGCCGGGUGUCUAUGCCUUAGUUGCAGCCGGAGCUACCAUGUGUGGCGUUACCCGCCUGUCAGUCACAUUGGCAGUCAUUCUCUUCGAAUUGACUGGCAGUCUCGACCACGUUUUACCUUUUUCACUGGCCGUGCUGUGCGCGAAAUGGACGGCUGAUGCCGUUGAGCCACUCAGCAUCUAUGAUCUCCUCACCGACAUGAAUUCAUACCCUUUUCUCGACAACAAGGCUAGCCCAGUCUUCGAUUCAAAACUGGGUGACAUCACGAGCCGUUCCACCCUCGCUCGCGUUAUUGACAUUACAAUUUCUUCACUUGUCAGGGCGACCGAGCUGCGCUCAAAACUGAAUCGCCUACAAAACACAGGAGAACUGGACGGUGGCCUACCCGUUAUCCGCAACAAAGCCCUUGUCGGACUCAUCCCAGCGCCCGAUCUUGAGUUUGCUCUCGAUCAACUCGAAAACGAAGAGGAGGUCAUGUGCCGCAUGACUACCGUGGAUGACCCACGAUCGACACGUCUCUGGGCUGGCUUGGACGCCUCGGACAACGAGGACGAUGAAGAUGAGUCAUCGAUGGAGGGCCGGGAGAUUCUGGAUCUGACACCCUAUAUUGAUCCAUCGCCUGUGGCAUUGGAUGUCAAGAGCCCCAUGGAUCUCGUGUACCAAUGCUUUGUGAAGUUGGGACUGCGCUAUGUCUGCGUCACGGAUGAGGGGGAGUACAGGGGCAUGGUGCAUAAAAAGGUGUUCGUGAGGUACUGCAAGACUGAGGGUGAGGUCAAUAAGAAGGUGUGGUAG